CACACUGGAGUAUUUAAACAUAUGACCUAUGCGUAAAAGGAUUGUAGAUACGUCAACGCGUGAAAAGUCGUUUAAUAAAUAGUAAACAUGUGAAAUGAAGAUCUGUGUGAUUCAAUUUGGAUAUGUGCCAUGUUUUCAAGCGGUUAAAUGCUUAAAGCUCCUUAUGAAAAAUAAUUACAGUGAAAAUAGCAAUGGUCAACUGUCCAACGCGAAUCGUAGAUCGUUACGGGCAUGAAAACGUGUGACAGUUUGUGACUCAAUUUUGUCUAUGUAUUGGCUGUGGUGUGUUUAAAUUUAGCGAAUAUACAGUAGUGAGUUAAAAUGGGGAAAGAUCAGGAUUUAAUUUUAGCGGUGCGAAAUCAGGAUUUAUCCUUUUUGAAUAAAUAUUUGCAGAGGCCCAACAAAUCUACCUCCAAACAAAAGCAUAGGGGUUCUGCCAAGAAGUUGAAUGUGAACUACCAGGAUGGAGAUGGCAUGUCCGGUCUGCACCAGGCUGCGCUGAUGGGUCACACAGAGAUCAUGGAGAUCCUGCUGCAGAAUGGGGCCAGUGUCAACCUCAAGGACAACAAAGGAAUGAUAGCCCUGCACUACGCUGCCUGGCAGGGCAAGACGGAGCCGGUACAUCUACUUCUCGACUGGCAGUCACCAAGCAACGAGGCUGCUCAUGGUGGAGAGACCCCACUACAUCUGGCCUGCCAACAUGGACACUUUGACGUGGUGAACCUGCUGUUGCUGCACCAGGCAAGCCCCACGAUGCUGAACAAGGACAGGAAAUCUGCACUCCACCUUGCCUGUGAAUUCGGCAGAUACAGGGUGGUAGACCUGCUGUUGAGAAGCAACCUGUGUUCCCAGCUCCUGGUGGACAGUCACAGUGACAUGACGGAGCACACCACCACCUGCCUCCACCUGGCAGCCAAGAACGGACACAGCGAAAUCAUCAGGCUGCUGUUGCAAGGCGGUAUGAACAUCAACCGAGUCACUCUGCAAGGCACAUGUCUGCAUGAAGCGGCGCUCUUCGGAAAAACUGAUGUCGUCAAGUUACUUCUGGAUUGCGGUGUCGAUGUGAACAAAGUGAACUCCUAUGACCAGACAGCCCUGGAUAUCGUCAACAAGUUCACUAGCAAUAAGGCCUCAAAAGAAAUCAAGCAACUUCUAAAAGAGGCCAGUUUCAGUGUACAGGCUAAGGCAGUGAGAGACCAUUGCAACAUACAUGAACCCUACAGCCUCACCUUCAGGGAUGGCGAUCUCAUCAAGAUUGUUGAGCAGAGGCAGGAUGGGAUGUGGCGCGGUUCCGUGCUCCGGGACGGCUGCUCCGGUAAACCUGGGUGGUUCCCAGCAGAUCAUGUGGUGCUUAUAGACAACUCAGCAGGAAAGCGGAACCUCUUAGUACACAGUCACUUGUAUUCCACUCCCCCUAUCACGCCCGACAAACUCUCGAGUCGCUCUAGUAGCGUCGGUAGCUUCACUUUCAAUGGAUUCCGCACGCCCCUGACUUCCAGUCGCAGUUCCUAUGGGAGUAUCGGACACGACGAGGCCUUCCCACCCCCUCCCUCACCAACUUGCAUGACUAAAUUUGAGCAUGUAAACAAUCACAAAGAGAACACAGAUGCAACUGAAGUAAUCAGUCUCAGCCCUGAAUUUCCCCCACCCCCCAUUUGUGUGACCCAGUUUCCAGAAGAUUUGGAUGAGGACGGCAAGGAGUUGUCACCCAUGCCCCUGCCCCCUCCCCCAUCCUACCAGAAUCUCGUCAACAAUAACAUGCAACAGCCUGUGAAUGGCAAGGUGAUUGUGAACCAUGUGAACCACGUAGGGGAGCACUGCUACGUGGACAACAUAGAACCUGCCUACCAGAACUCCUGGGACAUGCACGCCUCAAGCCCUGGGGGCAGCAACCGCAACAGUGCGGCCAGCAGCGACAGUGGGCGGGGUCUUUCCACAAACUACCUCGACCCUAAGGGUCACCAUAACUACGUGAACGUGCAUGUGAACAACCAGUACCGUCUGUCUGGCACGAGUUACGAGUCAGGGGUCUCCUCUAGACAAAGCUACCACAGCACAUCGAGUUCGAGUGUUGGAAGUCUCGACAGACUCGAGGAGAGUGGGUACUCAAGUCAGAUCAACGUGGCGGAACUCUUCCAGGCUGGCGUGCCGGUAAGAACAGAAUCUGACCACGAAGUUCUACGAGCAUGGUUACGGGACCUGAACUACGAGGAAUACUACCAGAACUUCGUGGGAGCUGGCUACGACAUGCCAACCAUCACCCACAUGACCCCGCAGGAUCUUACCGCCAUUGGGAUCUCCAAACCUGGCCACCGAAAGAAACUAAAGACCGAGAUCGCCCGCCUCAAUAUUCAUGAUGGGAUCCCAGACUUUAAACCAAACGACCUCUACGAUUGGCUGAGAAUGUUGAAUCUGGAGCAGUAUUACAAUACACUGGCCAAUCAAGGCUAUGACAACAUUGACUAUGUGAUAGACAUUACAUGGGAGGAUUUGGAAGAAAUAGGAAUUCAGAGAUUAGGCCAUCAGAAGAAGAUAAUGUUGGCCAUCGAUCGACUGAAGAGAAUUCUCUCUGGCUCAAAGCGAUUGUCCACUGUGGAUGGCCGAGAUGCAGGGGAGGUGUUAGAGCCCCCCAUGGCAUGUGUUCGCUGGUCCGGGGAAAGGUCAUCCCCACCCCCUCCGGCUCCACCCCAGUAUAAUGAGCUGCCUGCGUAUCUCAAACCUCGGCGAUCUUCAUCAGGUGACAGUCUAAGUACAAACAGCAGUGGGGAAAUGAAGUCAAUGAAUCAGCAUCUGGAGUCAGAGUAUGCCAACACCAACAGCAUGCAACCAAAACCACCAUCUGUGGUGCCCAUAUUGGUCAAGCGGUCAAUGUCACAGUCCGCGCCAAACGGAAUAUCUGACACAGACCCAGUUACAGGACAGAAGAUGUGUCAGUCAUUCCAUGCACCACCAGAUAGAACGUCCGACUAUUCUGAUCGUGAAAGCACGCCAACUGGGGACAGCAUUGAGCACAUGUCAAGGUCACCGGUUACCAGCAGUGCCCAAGUGGCCCCACUUGUUGCGGCCAAGCCUAAACCGGUAGCCAUGAUUAUUGCCAAAGCAAAGCAGUCGAGUAGGGAAGGAUCACCCGACAUUAUUGACGUUGAAAAGCAUGAGGCUGAACGUAAUAUGGACGGGUAUAAGAGCCCUGUGAAGAAUUUGGAAGGUUUUAAAUAUCCGUUGGCAAGCAACGGCAGUUUGAAACGCAGGACAGGGGAGCAUAUUUACGAUAUCCCUCAGUUGGGACCGCCUAGGACUGUGAGCAAUUACGUGAAUUAUCCAACCAUGUCGGUUCAGCCGAACCCAAGUAGCCCCCUGCACGUCAGCACGGGCUUUAACUACAGUCAGCAGGCAGGCUCACCCCAGUCAUCACAACAGAACUCGCCCGGAGCCCGCAAUAAGAAGGCUCCUCCACCACCACCCAAACGCACAGCGUCCAUCAAAUCGAUGGAAAUUGCUCAUGGUAACAGAAACAGUGGCCCUUCUCUUAGUCUUAGCACAGCUUCCACUACUAGCCCUAGGACUUCUGUUCUAUCGCCACCACCUAUUCAGCAGAAACCACAAGUUGCCCAGGCCCAGGCAUUUGUUAACUGUGUUCAAAGUCUUUCUGAACGCUUCGGGAAAAUGAGUGAGGAGAGUGGUUCAGGGGAUGGUGUGAGUUCGGAUAGCGAAGAACUGCCCCCUGCGCCUCCAGUUGCUAUGGAAAUAAUAGAGCCAAAGAUUUCUAAUUAUGGACUUUUGGGUAAGAACGAUAAGGCAACUUCGGGAGAGUAUAUGCUUCAGCAGAGACUCAAGAGGGAAAGUUCAUCAAGUGCUAGUCCUGGGAAUAACAGUGUUGAAAGUGCGUUUGGAGUUAAGUUACGGCAGGCUUCACAAAUGCAGACUUUGGCGAAUGAAAUAUCAAUAAAGCAACAAAGUACAACCAGCACUCCGUCAAACAUUCAUUUGCCAGAACCCAUUGUAGCCAGUGCUAACACUCAGAAUGCUCAAGAACGUGUUCAGAACACAGACUCUGUAAGUAAAGACAGUGCAAAUGGUACCAAAGACGUUAAUAAACCCAAUGGCACUGAUAAACAUCGCAAAGACUCAACGAGUAGCGGUGAGCUCAGUUCCUCCACCUCUAGUUUAGACUCUAAUACGUUACCUUUUGCCAAUGAGAAUGUGGGCACUAUAAAACAGCGGGCCCAGCAGGUUAAACCCUCUCUAGUCAUGUUCAUGGAGGAUGGUGCCCAACCCCCUGAGGAUACCCAGGGAGGGGACGUAUUUGCUGACAACACUGACACCAUGCGCAGGGUACCCAACAAGCUGCCAAAACCACAGCAACCAGCAGUGCAGCAUUUACAGCAGCAACAAACUGUGCCAGCUAAACCUCAGUCACCCCAAACACAGAAUCAAACUUUAAAAUCGCAACCGCAGCAGCAACAACAACAACAGCAAAAUUGCAUUGGUGUUCAAAGACCUCAGCAACAGCAGCAGCAACAACAGCAGCAGUAUAAUGCCAGUGUAACUGCUUCGUAUGCCCCGAGUGCUCAAGCAGUUUCCCAGGGACAAGGUUCAACGCAGCAGUCCCCUACAAAGAAACCUGGACCAAAGCCAGCUGUGUCGCCAAAACCUCAGCCUAAAGGCCAAGCAGCCCAGGGUGGGGCAAAUGGCAAGCGGUCUGGGGACGUGUUGUCAGAGAUAGACAACAUGCUGCAAGGACUGACGGACGAACUGGAUGCCAUGUUGGAGUUUGAACUGACAGAGUGAGCCACCAGAGCCCCCUUUGAGUGACUACAGCUGACAGAAAUGCGUUGGAAAGUGUCAGUGUCACGGUGUAAAACGUGCAUUCAUUGCUUUUUGGUAAACAUGAAUGCCAGUCAACAUUAGUGUCAUGCUGAAGAAAACAAAAAGGGAAGAUUCAAAUUUGGAUUUACACUAAUUGGAACUUGCUUAACAUGGACAGAAAGUGUGCAUUUUCCUUCCAGCUUGAUCCUACCAGUAUGGCUGUUGAGUUAUAUGAUAAGUCAUGGUUUGAAGUAAAUUGUAGCAACUACCCAGUUAAGGUGCCAAUACUGCUCAUUCAGGGUUUUCAAUUCGUGGUAAACUGUGAUACGACUGAGCUAGUCAGGGUGGGUGUGAGGGUCGAGGUCAGAGUGAAACCAUGGUACCCUAGUGACUUCCUUGCCAAGUGUAUCGAGAACAAGGUCUGAAGAAGCAAAGGCAUUAUUAUUUGAGUAUACAUGAGACAGUUUCUGGAAAAACUGGGCUAAAUUCAUGUGCGCAUAGAUAGGCCAGAAUAAUCUAUGCAGUCACUGGCUUAACUAGGACAACGCUUUCCACUGAGAUUGAAUUUUCUUUUAGAGGAGACUUUCAUUUAAACAAAAGAUGUCUUUAAAGUGAAAACUAUACUUUUUGGACAUGCAUUAAGGCCAUUUUUGUGGAACCAGGUCCAAUAUGUAUUUGAGCAUUGACCGACUUCCACAGUACAUGAAGAUUACAAGAGCAAGUGAUUGUCUUUAUUAUUGUUAUGCUGACAGCAAUCUAACUGAAAAAAAACAUGUUUUCAUCACAAAUGUUUUUUCAUACUGAUGUUUAUUAUAUGUUGUAAAAUGUACUACACUAGUUACAUUUUGUUUCUAUUGGUCGUUUUGUUUAUAUCAAAACAGAUUGAAAAAAAAUCAUCAGAGCAGGCUAUUAAGAUUUUUCAUAUAAGAUCAUUGCUUAGGGGAGAUUUUUGUCAGAACAUAACGGAAAUGCAGGUUUUGAUGGUCUUUUACAAGAAAGCAGCUUUGUAUCAGGCAAUAAACGCGCUGGCAUUUAAUCAUAGGGCCUUGAUUGGAGCUUCUGAUAUGUUCUUGUAAACUUCUAUGUUCUUAUCUCCACAAGUGGAGAUAAAGGAAGGAACUAAACGAAGGAUGUACCUCUUAUAUCUCAGCACACAUUCAAUUUUUUUUAUCUUGGGGAUGAUUUUGCUAAAGUUUAAACCUGAGGCUGUCGGAGGCAUCAUCCACAACUUGUAACGAUUUUAGCAUCACUUAUAUGCGAUAAGAUGGCAGAUGGAUAUUUAUUUGCAAAUGUCCGUUUCUUGAUUAGCUAUUAAAUUUAGUGCUUAAAUGAAAGCAAUUUAUUGAACAUGCCAGCCAGUUUGAUGAAAUCUCUGAAAUGUAUGUUACUUUAUUUUGUGAAUAUUUGACAAUAUUUAUAAGCUUAAACGAAUAAUAUUUCCACACAAACAAAAAUUAUGAAUUUUUAAACCAAUUAAUUGCAUGUUUAUUUAAAUACUUAAUGCAAAAAAGGGGCGUAUGCCAUACAUGGCCAGAUCAGCCUGCACAGUGAGACUAUAUGAAUGUGCAGGCUGGUCUGGAGCUAGGCUGGCUGCAUAUGACCUAAGACCUAUGUUUGAAUGAAGCUACUGGUUUACCAUAUUGCUGUACUUUAAAAAUGAAAAAUGCAUUAAUGUUAUUUCAUAAUGUGAAAAGCCUUUAGAUAUUCAUUUUAAUGUCUUAUCUGCUGUGGAUUAUCCUUGGUGUCGGGCAAAUGCUAUAAGUCAACAAAUCCAGUUAAAAAUAAAGAGGAGAAAAAUAUACGCUGCUAGAUCAACAUAAAAAAUUAUUAUUUCAUAGAUUACAAAUAGGAUUUAAAUUUAUUGGCAAAAUGAUGAUGAUUGUCUAUGAAGAUACCUACAGACCUUCUUUUUUCCUAUUUUUUUAAAUAGGAUGAUAAAAUAGGCAAAACUGUACAGUCAAAUAGCUAUUCUUCAUCUUGUGAAAUUGCAUAGCUGUUCUUCAUUUGUUGAAAAUGCGUCUGGGAAAUUGGCCAUGUGACGCAAAUACAACUGUCUGUUUUCAUUUGUGGAGUUCAUUUCAGAAUUAGAAAGUCAAAUAUUUGGUUCAGAGGUUUUAAUUAAAGUAGGAACAAACAUUGAAUGAAUACAUUUCAAUACAAAAUGAGAGGUUCAAAUUUGUGGCAGUUAUACACAAGAUCGAAAUUCUGCACCACAUAAAACAUUGAUCCGUUCAGGUCAAUGAGUACCUAGUUAAUGGACUGAUUAUACAAUUUUAAAUGCUUAUAAAUACAAUAUUUAAAGAAUAUGUUCACCCUUCUUGAUAGUUUUUCUUCUGUUUUUUUUAAGAUGGGAAAUUAUUGUAACUAUUUUCUACCAACCUAGAGUUACUUACACCAAACAUGAAUUUAUUAGUGAAACUUGCUUGUGGUAAUCAUUAGUAUUUCAAUCCUACAUCUCAUCCAAUAUGCCUGUUGGGAACUCAUUGAUAUCCUAUCUUUCGAUUUCGAAGAAUGGAUAUUGAAAUGUUAGAGCCAUGUUGUAUGAUAUAGUAUUUAACAGCAUCUCUUCAAUUACAAAUAAUUGUUGUGCACACUUAUGAUGAAUAAUGGUUACACAUUUUGCUUAAAUUUUUUUAAUGAAGCCAUGUUUCAUAGUUUUCUUUAAAAUCGACUUAUUAUGCUUAUUCAGAAAUUCUUUGUGAAGAUUUGUUUUUGAAGUCUGCCAGUUUGACUGAUUGUAAAUAUUUUGACUGAAGAUAGUGUUAACAGACCUUUUAAAACUUUCAUCUACAUGUAUGUAACAUUGCUAGAAAUCAAUUAUUCAUGCAUCUCUUGUAUUCACUGCAUAUUUUAACCUGUAAUAUUGUAUAUUAUGUAUAUAAGUCAUGUAAACUGUUGUAAAUAAUUAUUUAUUUAAUUGUUACAGAUCAAAUGUGUUUUAGCGAUUUUACCUGGUGGAGUUUCACUGUUUUCUAAUGUGCUUUACAUUUUUUUAAAUAUUUUAUAAUCAUUUGAGCGGUGUUCUGUGAAAACCUGGCUUAAUGCAUGUGGGUUAGUGUGGUCCUAGAUUAACAUGUGGGUUAGUGUGGUCCUAGAUUAACAUGUGGGUUAGUGUGGUCCUAGAUUAACAUGUGGGUUAGUGUGGUCCUAGAUUAACAUGUGGGUUAGUGUGGUCCUAGAUUAACAUGUGGGUUAGUGUGGUCCUAGAUUAACAUGUGCUGUCCACACUGGCAAAUCAGGCACAUAACUUAUCGUUUUUAUGAAAUAUUUCUUUAGAAGGAUGUUUAUGCGUAACCAAAAUCCAGUUUAAACUUAACACUCAUGUAUUAAGCCCAAAUUUCCCGAAGCAAGGCUCAUUUGGGCAUAUGUAUUAAUAUGCUUUUAUUUCAUAUCUUUUCAUUACACUCUUUAUUAUCAUUAGACAAUUGUCAGAACAAACAAAGAAAAUAUUAAUACUGUUUCUGUUAAUAAAAGAAGCUCACAGAAGUUCAUAAUAGAUUGAUUAUGAUAGCAUUCUGCAUUUAAUGUUCAUUUCCUAAAUUUCAACCAUGUUAUUGAUGUUUGAAUACUGGACUGUGUUUAUUGUCUUUUAAUAUGACCUCCAGCAAACUAAAUAAACACAUUUUCUCCUAAGUCUUCUAUAUUGAUAAAAUGUUGAAAUCAGGUCAUAUUGCAGCUAUGGCAUAAUUACAUGUAUGUUGAUUUCUCAAAUGAAUUUACAAUUCUUUACGAAUAUAAUUAUUACAAGCGGAUUGUUAAAAAAUAUUGCAUCUUGUUAAAAUUUUAUUUAAAUUGAUUUUUUCUCUACCAAUACAAAUCAUAAUUUCACUGAUAAGUAUAUAAUAACAUCUGGCCAUUAUAAUAAUCAAAAUCCAAUUCAACUUAAUCAUGGUUGAGUAUUUGUUAUUGGAUUGUGUUUCCGGUUUAUCUCCAGAUUACACUCACAAGGGAGACAACCAUUUUUAUUACAGAAAUUGUAUAACAAGUAUGCCCUUUCUUGAGAUAUUAAGCAAAAAGGAAUGUCAAAAUAAUCUCGACUGUUCUCCAGCAAUAUAUAUUGAAACCUUUCAUGGAAUGAGAAUUCAUCUAUUUAUUUGGAGUUUUCUAUGGGACAGAAAGUGUGCAGUUUGUUAUACUGGUGCAUUGUCCUAUUUAUUCCAUUAAUAUUUUUGGAAACUACAUCUGCAUUGAACUAGUCACUGUAGAAGCUUUAAUUAUUUCAAUUCUACUGGUAUUCAGCAUUUUCAAUGUUCUUAUAAUCAUUUUAUAAUCGGGUGCAUAAUAUACUUGUGUUUCUUUGAAUGCAUCAACCAAACCGUUUCAUUUUUAUUAUGCUCCCCCAAAAUUUAUUUUGGGGAGAGCAUAUAGUCGCCGCUUUGUCUGUCCGUGUUUGCGUCUGUCUGUCCGUCCGUGCACAAUUUUUGUCUGGGCUAUUUCUCAGCAACUAAUGACUGGAAUUCAAUGAAACUUUAUGGGAAGCUUCACUACCAAGAGGAGAUGUGCAUAUUAUCAGCGGGUUUUGGUCGGAUGAUUUUUCACAGAGUUAUGGCCCUUUGAAAUUUUCUAUAAAAAAAUUAUUGUCCCCCCAACUACUGUGCCCUCAAGACGUUUCCUUUUAUCUGAAUAUAUAGUGCAAUAUUGUGACAAGAAAAAUCUUUGGGGAGCUUCACCCGUCUCUGACAGUUUCUUGUUCUCACUGUGACUGACUGCCACUGUUACAUGGGCCUAUUAGUAACAUAUCUUAAAGACUUAGGGCCUUGUUUUAAUCCUGUAUCUAUUACCUAUAUUGCAUUGAAAAGUCUCCCUCUAGUUCAUUUUUCUAUGGGAGAAAAAAUAAUUGUGUUGUUUGGAAAGACAUUGAAAGCAUUCAAUGGGAAGGGAUAGAACUGGGACCUCAUUGUUGAAAAGGGACACCAUAUCCAUGUUAGCACAUGAUGGGCCCUUUAAACACUGGAUGGGGUCAUUCAAACUGAUAAAAUUGGGAAUGCAUAUAUAUGAUGUUUAUUGACACAUUGCUUAAGAUUGAUUGCCACAUAUAUUGAUCUUAAUUGAAACAUAUGGAGGAUUGUGUGUGAAACAAUGGUAUCUGAAAUAGAAAUAUUCCCACGGUACUACAGUUUCAAUAUCUUCUUUCCAUGUUUAGUUUUAAUAUUUAUUGCAUUGUGCAAUAUUGAGUGAAUGUUCUGUCGUACACCAAGGUCUGAGCUGGCAUAAUGUAUAACUUACUGUUUACUGUUCACGUUGUGUUGUUUUGUGCUAUUUUUGUGUUUGUUAAUUACCAUAGUUGAGAUAUUUGUUUCUGACGGACAUAAGCAAGAAAAUGAAAAUAAAUAUCUUAGAAAUCUA